UUUUUGAUAAAAAAUUUCUAGUGAUAUUUAUAGAUGUAGAAAAGGAAGUCGAGUUCGUCGAGCUCUGAAGUAUUAAAAAGUGGCCGGGUUGAAGAAUCAAAAAGUGUUUUGUGGCAAAUCAUGGCAAAAACAUACGAUUAUUUAUUCAAGUUGUUGUUAAUUGGUGAUUCGGGCGUUGGAAAAACUUGUGUUCUUUUCAGAUUUUCCGAAGACGCUUUCAAUACAACCUUUAUUUCGACAAUAGGUAUUGAUUUUAAAAUAAGGACUAUAGACUUGGACGGAAAAAAAAUUAAAUUACAAAUAUGGGAUACAGCAGGCCAAGAGCGAUUCAGAACCAUAACUACUGCCUACUAUCGAGGUGCAAUGGGUAUAAUGCUCGUUUAUGACAUAACCAAUGAAAAAAGUUUUGAGAACAUCAAAAACUGGAUAAGAAAUAUCGAGGAAAAUGCUUCGGCAGAUGUAGAAAAAAUGUUGUUGGGAAAUAAAUGCGAGUUAGAAGAAAAACGACAGGUGUCCAAGGAAAGGGGGGAACAGCUCGCAAUCGAAUAUGGUAUUAAAUUUAUAGAAACAAGCGCGAAAGCAAGCAUUCGAGUGGAAGACGCAUUCUUUACUUUAGCUAGGGAUAUUAAAGCAAAAAUGGAAAAGAAAUUGUAAUUUUUUAAAAACUAACUACUUCGGUGUUCUUCUCGAAAGUUGCUUUAUUUUUCAAAUAUUUUCGACAGAUAUCAAAGAAACUGGCUUUGGAUUUUCAGCCUGUCGUCUCUUGUACCUUCAACAUUUUUUCGACAUCUUCAGAGGUCUGCUGCUCAGUCAGUCCGUACCGGUGUUCCAUAAAGCUGGUUUCCAAAUUUUGUUGAUAAUCAUAGUUUCUUCGGCUGGCGAAACUUUUUUAAACAGAUCACAAAACGCAACACAUGUUUCGCUAUACAAUAGUUCCUUGAACUAUAGCUAUACUAUUGAAUAUAGACAUGCCUGAAGAAGAUAUUGUAUAGAGAAACACGUGUUGCAUUAAUGUAAAACAAUGUAGUGAAAAUCUCACAAUAAAGUGUUUCUUGAAUACGUUUUGGAUUUUCAUCAAGUAUCGUGUGGAUUCCAUCAUCUUUUUGGGAAAGAUUAUUUUACGCAGUAACUUAUAGAAGUUUGACCGUUUGAGGCCUGUAUAAAACUUUUCAUUGCUAAUUUUCAUUUUUUCAGAUUGUGGAAAUUGAGAAGCCCUAGAGAAGGUCAAUAAAAAUAUUAUUCUGAAGUAAUUGUGAGACUUUACUAACUCUAACGUGGAUUCACAUUCCAAAAUUUCUGGAACACGCUGUUAUAUGAACUUUCUCAAUCCAUUUCUGUUAACUGUGUUGUGAUCAUGCAAUUACCGCAAAUGAUAUUAGAAUAUAUUUAAGGAUCUUCAUGAUUUCAAUAAGGGUGUUUGGUUCAGAUAACGUGAAGACUUUUUCUUGACUUGUUGAUUUAUAUGAAGGCCUAGAUUUUGUACAUUUAUAUAUUUACAUGAAAACGACACAAAUUUGGAUAUUACAUGCCCUUCUAGAUAUAGUUUUACAAAUAUGUGUAAAUAAAUUCUAUCGAAUUUGAA